AUGUAAACUCUGAGUCAUUUGGAAUCUAGAUUAAGUAGUUUUAAAGACAUCAAUAAAAUAAAAGAUCCUCAGUCUCUUUUGGAGGAGGAGUUUAACAAAUAGGAGGCAUCGAAGAAAUAGAUAAAUGAUCAAAAUUCUCAAUUCAAUUUGAUUUUUUAGGAGAUAAGAAACAAUAACAUUUAUAAAUAGAGAAUAUAUUAGAAAAUGAUUAAACAUGAAUCGGAAACAAAACCUACUAUUAUUGAGAAAGCGGAUUAGCAUUUAUAAACUGUUAGUAAAUUUGAUGAAUCAUAAUCAAUUUCAAGUUUAGAGACUACAAAAUAAUUAUAGAUUUCUAUUGAUGAAUUGAUUAAGUCUAUAAAUAAGAAGAAACAAUAGAUUUAUCCUAUGGAACAUUAGAUGUAACUGUUGAAAUAUUAAUAAAAAUAAGCUGAAGAUGAAUUAAUUCUAGCUGAAUUUGAAAUGCUUAGAUCCAAAUAAUUACUACAAUCGAUGAAAACUAAAAUAUAAAGAUUAUAGAGCAGGAGAAAUCAAUAUCUACAAGAGUUGAUGGAUCAAAACGAUCUUCAUAAAGCAAACACAGAAGAAUAGAAGAAAGAAUACGAAGUGAUUUAGGAUCAUAUCAACGAACUAAAAAUACAAAUACAUAACUAAAAGUCAUAAAUCGAAGAUUUGAAAUAACAAGAAAGGUUAAAAUGGGAAUCUAGUGGCAAUUAAAUGAUAAUAAUCAAAAAUUAUUUAGCAAUGACCAAGUUGUAUGAAUAUUGUACUAAUCAAAUUUAAAAGAUUGAUAUUAGCUAAGAUUCCAAAAAUGAGAACGAUGAGUCUGAAGAUUUGAUUAUAGAAUCAUCUGACAACUCCUUUUUGGAUGAUGGAGGAGUCUUUUAAACUUAAAUCAAACAGACUUCCCUCAAAUCAAAACAAUCUAUUAAAUCUAUUAAUUCAAUUAAGAAGAAUUAGAAGAAAUCAAUAAAUUAUCAAUAAUCUCUACAGAAUUUUAUCACUGCAAAAGAAUUGAUAUCCUAAGUUAAAUUAAAUGUAGACAUUAACAUAAUUGAAGAGAUCAUUCUCAAAGCAUAUGAAGAGUAGUCAAAUUUGCAAAGACAAUUGGCAGAGUAACAUACAUUCCUUAUUGAAUAAAAGGGCGAAUGUUUUAAAGAGUAUAAUAAUAUAUAAUAGAAGUUCUAACUUGACGAUGGAAGUAAUAAAGAGAGGAUAAUCAGAUGCUCAAAACCUACUAAUGAUAAUUUUAAUUAGGUUGUAAUAACAUCUAAUAUUGCUUAAUCAAGUGUAACAAACAAGCUAAAAAUCAUAUAAACCAUAAGCAGAAGACAACAAAUGGAAGACUUGUUUCUGUGCAUGAACAAUAGAGCUAGUAUCUUCUUGCAGAGAAUAAUAAAUAUACUUCACAAUAUAGCAUAACGAAGUGAAAUAGCUAGUCAAGAUAUGAUUGAGAAAUAUCAGUAAUCUUAGAUGACUCUGAUGUUUUUGAAAUAAAAUCAGCAAUAAUCUUAGAUGCAUUUGGAUGAUUAUCCAGAAUUCAAAAAAUUAAAGAAAUCUCAUAAUAUAUCAUUAUUAUAUCAUGAUGCUCAAAUAUUCAAUGAAUUUAAGUAAUAUUGUCAACAAGUAACAGAGAAUGAAAUUGAUGACAAAUUAUUGUCUGAUAAUUUUGAUGCUUUUGUGUAAUUGUGUUUGAAUAGGAUAGCUUCUGAAAGUUAAUGUAUUUAUGAAUAGAUAGCAAUUAUUUGUAAUCAGAUUAAGGUGGAAACACAAUAAUUAAGACAUUUUUGUCAUUUAUCUUCAAGUGAAUAAACACCAUUGCCUCACAUUGUUCAGAUGACUUACAAUAUGGCUGCAGAGAAGUUGCAAAAUUACACAGAUUCAAAAAUCAGUGAUCCCAAUAUUACUUCGAAAAGAAAGCAAUUUGCACGAAGAUCUCUGUUGUUAGACGAGAAGAACUCCUAAUAAGAAGAGACAAAUGAAGAAAACUAUGAAAAAUAUUACAGUCAAAUAAAAAAUGGGAUAGAGAAUCCUUUAAUAAAAAGGGAUGUUUAGACUGAUUCUACGAUGGUUGCAAAGACGAGUUUACUUUAUGACAAUUACACUCCACGCACUGAAUUCAUCAAAUAAAAUAGAUAGCUCACUCUGUCUUUGAAUAGAAUUCAAUCAUUGAGUCACAUUUAUCAUCAGAUCAACAACCAGGAAUUCAGCAAUACUUUUAAACAUAAUAUUCACAGAGAACAGAAGACCAUUCAGUAUCUAACUAAUCAUAGCAGUCAGACUAGACCUGGAAGCAAUAGUCUUGCUCUGAUGUCUACUUAUAGACAGGAAUGUCGAACUGAACACAAUAUUAAUGAUAAAUCAAAGACUUUCAAAUAGACUAAAAGUAAAUCACAAAUAUCAAAAGUAAUAUUGAAUGAGGCCAAAAAAUAAAUGCAAAAAAUAAAAACUAUUAAUAAAUUAUAAUUUAACCAAUGA